GGGCGGCGGCCGCUGGGCGGAACUAGAUGCUCCGCGGCUGCUCUUGCUGCUCCCCGAAGGGGCCCAGGUCCCCGCAGCCCCCUUCCCUGUAUACAUCUUGCUACUCGCGGAGCCCCUCGGAAAGGGCCAGUACCCCUCGGCCCCGCCGCCCUGGGCCUGACGCGGCAGGACCUGACCCGGCCAAGAUGCCCCCGACCCUCUUCCAGAAGCUGUUCAACAAAAGGAGCGGGCUGGGCUCCCCCGGCCGGGACGCUCGGGACCCCGACUGCGUGUGCAGUUGGCCUUUGUCGGAGUUUGAUCCAAGCCAGAUUCGACUAAUCGUGUAUCAAGAUUGUGAAAGAAGAGGGAGGAAUGUCUUGUUCGACUCUAGUACUAAAAGAAAAACUGAGGACAUAUCUGUGUCGAAACUUUGCAGUGAUGCUCAGGUUAAAGUCUUUGGAAAAUGCUGCCAACUGAAACCUGGAGGAGACAGUUCUUCUUCUUUGGAUAGUUCUAUUAAUUCUUCAGAUACAAAAGAGCAGUGUCCAAAAUACCAGGGUUCUCGGUGUUCUUCUGAUGCCAAUAUGCUUGGAGAGAUGAUGUUUGGCUCAGUAGCCAUGAGUUAUAAGGGUUCUACCCUAAAAAUUCAUCAAAUUCGUUCUCCUCCCCAACUUAUGCUCAGCAAAGUUUUUACUGCACGGACUGGAAGUAGCAUCUAUGGAAGUCUAAACACGCUACAAGACAGUCUUGAAUUCAUUAAUCAGGACAAUAAUACUUUAAAGGCAGAUAAUAAUACGAUUAUCAAUGGACUUCUUGGAAAUAUAGGUCUUUCACAGCUUUGCAGCCCUAGGAGGGCAUUCUCUGAGCAAGGCCCGCUCCGCCUGAUCAGGAGCGCCUCUUUCUUUGCAGUUCACAGCAACCCAAUGGACAUGCCUGGAAGAGAACAGAAUGAAGACAGAGAUAGUGGCAUAGCACGCUCUGCAUCUCUUAGCAGUUUGCUUAUUACUCCCUUUCCCUCUCCAAACUCCUCACUUACCAGAAGUUGUGCUAGUAGUUACCAACGACGCUGGCGACGCAGUCAGACAACCAGUUUGGAAAAUGGUGUCUUUCCUAGGUGGUCUAUAGAAGAAAGCUUUAACCUGUCUGAUGAAAGCUGUGGCCCAACUCCUGGGAUUGUUAGGAAAAAGAAGAUUGCAAUUGGUGUAAUUUUUUCACUUUCCAAAGAUGAAGAUGAAAAUAGCAAAUUUAAUGAAUUCUUUUUUUCGCACUUUCCUCUCUUUGAAAGCCACAUGAACAAAUUGAAGAGUGCAAUAGAACAAGCUAUGAAAAUGAGCCGGAGGUCAGCUGAUGCCAGUCAACGGAGUUUGGCAUAUAAUCGUAUUGUUGAUGCCCUAAAUGAAUUCAGAACAACAAUUUGUAAUCUUUACACGAUGCCCCGGAUUGGAGAACCUGUCUGGCUCACAAUGAUGUCUGGAAUCUCUGAAAAGAACCAGCUUUGUCAUCGUUUCAUGAAAGAAUUCACUUUUCUAAUGGAAAAUGCUUCCAAAAACCAAUUCUUACCAGCUCUCCUUACAGCAGUCCUGACCAAUCAUCUUGCCUGGGUCCCAACAGUCAUGCCUAAUGGACAACCACCUAUAAAAAUAUUUUUAGAAAAACAUUCCUCUCAGAGUGUGGACAUGCUGGCAAAGACUCAUCCCUAUAACCCACUGUGGGCACAACUAGGAGACUUAUAUGGAGCAAUCGGCUCUCCAGUAAGAUUAGCAAGGACAGUAGUGGUUGGCAAAAGACAAGACAUGGUCCAGAGGCUCCUUUAUUUUCUUACCUAUUUCAUAAGAUGCUCUGAACUUCAAGAGACCCAUCUCUUAGAAAAUGGAGAAGAUGAAGCCAUAGUCAUGCCAGGAACGAUUAUUACCACAACCUUAGAAAAAGGUGAAGUUGAGGAAUCUGAAUAUGUGCUUAUCACAAUGCACAGGAACAAAAGCAGUUUGCUCUUUAGAGAUUCAGAAGAAACAGGGGCUCCUCAUUGUGACUGUAAAUAUUGCAAAUGCCCAUUUGUUGUACAAAAUAUAGAGAAUGUUUCACAACAAGAGAGAAAUAUUCAAGGCACAUCUCAGCAGUUGCUGGAAACUUCUUCAGAUGAGUGCAGGAUAAUUUCUCCUUCUAGCUGCCAAGAAAAUGCUGUUGACAUUAAGCAGUGCAGAGAUAAAUUGCGAACUUGUCUUGACACCAAGUUAGAGACCAUAGUUUGCACAGGAUCUGCUCCAGUAGACAAAUGUGUGUUGGCAGACUCGGGACUGGAACCAACAAUAGAAACCUGGAGAAGUGAGGAAUCACUGGACUCAGGGAACCAGUCGGGCAAAGGGAUGAGAUCAACAGGCAUAGCUGUGGAAAAGAAACCCCCAGAUAAGCUCAUGCCUACCACAUUUUCUUGUGAUGCUUCGCAGACAAAGGUUACGUUCCUAAUUGGGGAUUCCAUGUCACCUGAUUCAGACACGGAAAUCAGAAGUCAGGCUGUUGUGGAUCAAAUCAUAAGGCAUCACAUCAAACCAGCAAAGGAGAAAAGGAUGACUGAUGCUGAACAUCAUGAAACUAAGCUUGCGGUUGAGGACCAAAUCAGGGAUCCUAGAGUACAUGAAAUGUUUCCCAGAGUUGCCAGUGCCCUUCCAAAUUGGAAUCAUUCAAAUCUGGAGAACAUGAGUUUAUUUGAUGAAUAUUUUAAUGAUGACUCAAUCGAAACCAGGACUAUUGAUGAUGUUCCAGUUAAAACAAGCACAGACAUUUUAGAACACCAGAGCAAUAUGUUAGAUUUUUCUAAAAGACUGUGUACCAAGAAUAACAAACCACCCAGUGAAUUUUGUACAUUUAUAGAAUCUAUUCACCAGGAUUCAUGUAAAACCUGCUUUGCUAAGCAGGACCAAAGAGAUGCAAAGUCUAUACAUGUCCCCCAUGGGGACAAAGAGAACUCAGAGAGAAAAAUUGCUGUAGGAACUGACUGGGACAUUCCAAGAAAUGAAAGUUCAGAUAGUGCCCUUGGUGACAGUGAGAGUGAAGAUGCCAGUCAUGAUAUGACCAGACAGGGUAGUAACUAUUUUGGAGGAGACCGAGAAGACUGGGCAGAAGAGGAUGAAAUACCCUUUCCUGGGUCAAAAUUAAUUGAAGUGAGCUCUGUCAAGCCCAGCAUUGCCAAUUUUGGAAGGUCCUUGCUAGGUGGCUACUGUUCAUCUUAUGUACCUGAUUUUGUUUUGCAAGGAAUAGGAAAUGAUGAGAAACUUCGGCAGUGUUUAGUGUCAGACCUGUCCCAUGCUGUUCAGCAUCCAGUGUUGGAUGAACCCAUAGCAGAAGCUGUUUGUAUUAUUGCAGACAUGGAUAAGUGGACUGUACAAGUAGCCAGUAGCCAAAGACGAAUAACAGAUAAUAAGCUUGGAAAAGAAGUUUUAGUUUCUAGUCUUGUCUCCAAUUUGCUUCAUUCCACUCUACAGCUUUACAAGCAUAAUUUAUCUCCAAAUUUCUGUGUCAUGCACCUGGAAGAUCGACUGCAGGAGCUCUACUUCAAAAGUAAAAUGCUCUCUGAAUAUCUGAAGGGACAGAUGCGAGUCCAUGUCAAAGAGCUGGGCCUAGUACUAGGGAUUGAAUCCAGUGAUCUCCCUCUUCUGGCAGCUGUAGCAAGUACUCACUCUCCAUAUGUUGCUCAGAUACUCCUGUGAAAUGCCUGCAAACUAAGACACUAACUUGGAUAAAGAUAAGCAGAAGCAAAGGAGACAGGCACAAAAGGCAUAUAUUUGUGCCAACUUCUUCUUGAGACAUCAGAAUUGACUGAUCCACUGGUAGAGCUGACUGGGACUUCUGGAUUACACAUUCUACAAACAUCUUAUGACUUUUUUGUCUUAGGUAUUUGUUUCCAAAAUGGAACAUGAAAUAGUAUAAAUAAUAGUGAAAAGAAGGAGUCUGGAACAAACUAAUGGAGUUUUCUAUAAAGGUGAUUUUCAGAUGAUCCCUGCAACGUACCCACAAUUUAAAUAGAUUGAAAUAUGAUGUUGAAGCAGCUGCCUUGUGACUUAUUGUUAUUAUUCAAUAGCACAGAUGUCAAAGUUCAUUUUAAAAUCUGAACUCUUAAGGUACACCAAUUUGAAGCAUCUUGUUGAUUUUUCUUUAAGAGAAUAUCCAACUUGGAGCUGUUUCUCAAAAUACUUGUUUAUAACAGUACUCAGAAAAAACAUGUGAGUGUCUGUAUAUCAUAUGCACAAGUGUACAUAUAAAUAUCUCUUAGUUUCCUAAAAGGGCUGGGGAAGGAAGACAGAUAAGAUUUGUAAAUGUGACCUUUAUUUCUUGUGUUUUAACUAAUAUUAAUUGUCUGUCAAGUUGACAUCUUGCUUUAUAGUGAUACUUUUGUUUCACACUUUAAAAAAGAAAGGUGAAGCAAACAUUGAUCUUUAGGACUGAAGAGUAUGGGUUCCCAAAAUAGCAACAGUAUAUAACUUGAUAACUUUUUAUUUUGGUGGUAAGUGCAGGCUCUUUCCGCUUCCCUAUAUCUACAGCUAGUGAGAAAAUAGUAGGAAAAGAGAUCAAAUGCACCAAAGCAUUGGCAGAAGUACAGCUGUAAUCUUUUAAAAUGCUCAGGUA